CAAUCUCUCCACAGUGUGUGGCGGGACAGUGCGGAGUAGGGGGAAAUCCCUCGGCUGCAGGAAGGAGACAGCAAGAGCCUAAGGCAGCGUUUGCGUCUGCCUAAAAGGGAGGAAUAAAAGGAGUGGGAGCUGCCGGAGCACAUUCACUUUCUGCCUUGGCGCGUGUACUCGCAGCGCGCACGCUCAAGAGGAAGACCAGGAUUGGUUUACGGGGUAGUCGCAACUUCUUGUCCCAACCAAUCCAGAUGCAGCGGGGGGGUGGGUCCCGGCCCUCACUGGCUGGCGAGACGUCCGCGCGCGGGUUUCGUCGCGUUGCAGCUGUUUGCGGGUGUAGUCUUUGUCCGCGCCAUGGAACCUGGUCUGAUCCGGCGUUUAGCCCCGCGCCUGGGCAUCGCCGAGCCGGAGGUGCUGAGUAUUGGGCAGACUUCUGGGAAAGAGUUUUAGUGAAUGUGUUGCUCAGGAAAGCAGAGGAGUACUUGCGACUGUCCCAUGUGAAGUGUAUUGGCCUAGCGGCACGAACCACAGAAACCAGCAAUGCAGUCAUGUGCCUGGACCUUGCAGCUUCCUACGUGAAGUUCCCCUUGGACAGGGAUUAUUUAAUUAAACUUUCUGGUUUGAACAAGAAGAUGUAUCAGAGUUGCCUUAAAUCUUUUGAGUGUUUACUGGGCCUGAACUCGAAUAUUGGAAUAAGAGACCUAGCUGUACAGUUUAGCUGUACAGAAGCAGUGAACAUGGCUUCAAAGAUACUGCAAAGCUAUGAGUCCAGUCUUCCACAAACACAGCAAGUGGAUCUUGACUUAUCCAGGCCGCUUUUCACCACUGCUGCACUACUUUCAGCAUGCAAGAUUCUAAAGCUAAAGGUGGACAAAAAUAAAAUGGCAGCCACAUCCGGUGUAAAAAAAGCCAUGUUUGAUCGACUCUGUAAACAGUUAGAGAAGAUUGGGCAGCAGAUCGACAAAAAUAGAUUCUCUGUUCUGAAGUCUGACAGGAAAAGCCAAAGAAAAGAGAAGGGCAAGAUCAUUUGCCUUCUCCUUAUCCUAGUAUUUGGUCAAUCAAGGAGAGCCGGGAGAUUCAGCUACUCCACCAUGGAAGAAAAAGAAGACAGUGGUUGAACCUUCAGCAACGGAAAUAGAGAAUGUAGUAGAGAUCCCACAUAAACCGCAAAAAGAUGAAGAUCUGACACAGGAUUAUGAACAGUGGAAAAGGAAAAUUUUGGAAAAUGCUGCCAAAGCACAAAAGGCUACAACAGAGUGAUUUCAGCUUCCGGACCACCUGUACUGCAAACCAGCGGUGCAUCUGCCACCUCAAGGAAGAUGUGAGGGCUUUGGAAAUUUGUUUGAACUUUUAUAACAAGGAUCCUAUCCUUAAUAGCAAAGAAACCAGCAUUGGGGCUGAGCAGGGUGGCUCUCACAUGGGCAGCAAAUUCGUUAGAUAAGCCACAGUGCCUGGUUGGCUCAGCCUUGGCUCCCCACAGGUCUGCUCUCUCCUACAAAAUGUCAUUGAAACCAUUUUGCUUUCUUGUUUUGUUUUAAGCAAAAGACAGUCUCCUGUCCUAUCCAGAAUAUGAAAUUCAAGCUGAAUGGAGUCUAAAGAUUUUAAGUUUUUGUGUUAAUCUCUUGGUUUGACUAAAUAUAUAGUACAACCUAAGUUAAUAAAUAUUAUUUUUAUAUGCA